CGCUGUGACGCGCCGGUCCUCCGCCUCCCUGGCCGGCUGGCUCUCCCUCCUGCACCUCCUCCCCAUACCUGUGCGGGGAGCGGCGCCGCGCGGCCUCCUCCCCCGCUUGUUCCCAACUCCUGCCCGGCUGCAGCUACGCCGCCGCUGCCACGGGAGUAAAGGUCGCGACGGAGAGAGUGAGUCGGCCGCGGCGCCUCCAGGAAGCCGGCUGGGCAGGUUGGGAGAAAAGAGGAAAGGGCGAGAAACUCUCGUCUAGUCCAGGAAGAUGGCGCCAGGCCGGCCGGCUGUGGACUGAGAGCUGCUGGGGCAGCGAGGAGCCGGGACCCGCUGCCCACCUGGGCACGAGCUAGGGCUGCAGGCGAGGUGGGGCGUCCCGGGCUCCGGCCCAACCCGUGGGGUCAUGUCGGUCAGCGAGCUUUACAGCCAGUACACAAGGGUCUGGAUCCCUGACCCGAAUGAAGUGUGGCGCUCAGCUGAAUUAACCAAGGACUACAAGGAGGGGGAGAAGAGCCUCCAGCUCAGACUGGAAGAUGACACUAUUCGGGAAUAUCCAGUUGAUGUCCAGAACAACCAGCUGCCGCCCUUACGGAAUCCAGAUAUCUUGGUGGGAGAAAACGACCUCACUGCCCUUAGCUAUCUCCACGAGCCUGCAGUUUUGCAUAAUCUGAAGGUCCGGUUCUUGGAGUCCAACCACAUCUACACUUACUGUGGCAUUGUGCUUGUUGCCAUAAAUCCUUAUGAACAGUUGCCAAUCUAUGGACAAGAUGUCAUCUAUGCCUACAGUGGUCAAAACAUGGGCGACAUGGAUCCCCACAUCUUUGCUGUUGCGGAAGAAGCCUACAAGCAGAUGGCCAGAGAUGAGAAGAACCAGUCCAUCAUAGUCAGUGGGGAGUCGGGAGCUGGGAAGACGGUGUCAGCCAAGUACGCCAUGCGCUACUUUGCCACGGUCGGUGGCUCAGCCAGUGAAACCAACAUCGAGGAGAAGGUCCUGGCAUCCAGUCCCAUCAUGGAGGCCAUCGGGAAUGCCAAAACCACUCGGAACGACAAUAGCAGCCGCUUUGGAAAGUACAUUCAGAUCGGCUUUGAUAAAAGGUACCACAUCAUUGGGGCCAACAUGAGGACCUACCUGUUGGAGAAGUCCCGUGUGGUCUUUCAGGCAGAUGAUGAGAGGAAUUACCACAUCUUCUACCAGCUCUGUGCUGCUGCCAGUCUCCCAGAAUUUAAAGAGCUUGCUCUAACAUGUGCAGAGGACUUUUUCUAUACAUCCCAGGGAGGAGAUACAGCCAUUGAGGGUGUCGAUGAUGCAGAGGACUUUGAGAAGACUCGGCAAGCCUUCACACUGCUUGGAGUGAGAGAGUCCCAUCAGAUAAGCAUUUUUAAGAUAAUUGCUUCUAUCCUGCACCUUGGAAGUGUGGAGAUUCAGGCUGAGCGUGAUGGUGAUUCCUGUAGCAUAUCACCCCAGGAUGAACACCUGAGCAACUUCUGCCGCCUGCUAGGGGUGGAGCACAAUCAGAUGGAGCACUGGCUGUGCCAUCGCAAGCUGGUCACCACCUCAGAGACCUACGUCAAGACCAUGUCCCUGCAGCAGGUCAUCAAUGCACGCAAUGCCCUGGCCAAGCACAUCUAUGCCCAGCUGUUCGGCUGGAUUGUGGAGCACAUCAACAAGGCCCUGCACACCUCCAUCAAGCAGCACUCCUUCAUCGGGGUCCUGGACAUCUAUGGGUUUGAAACUUUUGAGGUUAACAGUUUCGAGCAGUUUUGUAUCAACUAUGCCAACGAGAAGCUCCAGCAGCAGUUCAACUCGCAUGUGUUCAAACUAGAGCAAGAAGAAUACAUGAAGGAGCAGAUCCCUUGGACCUUGAUUGACUUUUAUGAUAAUCAACCUUGUAUUGAUCUCAUAGAAGCUAAACUGGGUAUCCUGGACCUGUUGGAUGAAGAAUGUAAGGUCCCCAAAGGAACUGACCAGAACUGGGCCCAGAAGCUCUAUGACCGGCACUCCAGCAGCCAGCACUUCCAGAAACCCCGCAUGUCCAACACGGCCUUCAUUGUCGUCCACUUUGCAGAUAAGGUGGAGUACCUCUCGGAUGGUUUUCUGGAGAAAAACAGGGACACGGUGUAUGAAGAGCAGAUCAACAUCCUGAAGGCCAGCAAGUUCCCACUAGUGGCUGACUUGUUUCAUGAUGACAAGGACCCCAUUCAUGCCACCGCCGCAUCGGGGAAGGGAUCAUCAUCGAAGAUCAACAUUCGCUCUGCCAGACCCCCCAUGAAGGCCUCCAACAAGGAACACAAGAAAUCCGUGGGCCACCAGUUCCGCACCUCCUUGCAUCUGCUCAUGGAGACCCUGAAUGCUACCACCCCGCAUUAUGUUCGCUGCAUCAAGCCCAACGACGAGAAGCUCCCCUUCCACUUUGACCCAAAGAGAGCCGUGCAGCAGCUCAGAGCCUGUGGCGUGCUGGAGACCAUUCGCAUCAGUGCAGCUGGCUACCCAUCCAGGUGGACCUACCACGACUUCUUCAACCGGUACCGAGUGCUGGUGAAGAAGCGGGAACUUGCCAACACAGACAAGAAGGCCAUCUGCAAGUCUGUCCUAGAGAGCCUCAUCAAGGAUCCUGACAAGUUCCAGUUUGGCCGCACUAAGAUCUUCUUCCGGGCAGGCCAAGUGGCCUACCUGGAGAAACUGCGGGCUGACAAGUUCCGAGCAGCCACCAUCAUGAUCCAGAAAACCGUCCGUGGCUGGCUGCAGAAGGUGAAGUACCGCCGGCUGAAGAGGGCCACCUUAACCCUGCAGCGGUACUGCCGAGGACACCUGGCCCGCAGGCUGGCUGCGCACCUGCGAAGGACGCGGGCAGCUGUGGUGCUGCAGAAGCAGUUCCGCAUGCGGAGGGCCCGUCUGGCCUACCAGAGGGUGCGCAGGGCUGCCGUCGUCAUUCAGGCCUUCGCGAGGGCCAUGUCCGUGCGCAGAAUCUACCGCCAGGUCCUCAUGGAGCACAAGGCUACCAUCAUCCAGAAGCACGCCCGGGGAUGGAUGGCACGCAGGCAUUUCCAGCAACUGAGGGCUGCAGCCAUUGUCAUCCAGUGUGCCUUCCGGAGGUUCAAGGCCAAGCAGGAACUGAAGGCCCUCAAGAUUGAGGCCCGCUCAGCAGAGCACCUGAAACGCCUCAACGUGGGCAUGGAGAACAAGGUGGUCCAGCUGCAGCGGAAGAUUGAUGACCAGAACAAAGAGUUCAAGACCCUGUCGGAGCAACUGUCUGCAGUCACCUCCACACACACCAUGGAGGUGGAGAAGCUAAAGAGGGAGCUGGCACGUUACCAGCAGAACCAGGGGGCUGAUGCCAGCCUGCAGCUGCAGGAGGAGGUGCAGAGCCUGCGCACAGAGCUGCAGAGAGCCCACUCGGAGCGCAGGGUCCUGGAGGAUGCCCACAGCAGGGAGAAGGACGAGCUGAGAAAGCGAGUUGCAGACCUGGAGCAAGAAAAUGCUCUCCUGAAAGAUGAGAAAGAACAGCUUAACAACCGAAUCCUGUGCCAGUCUAAAGAUGAAUUUGCCCAAAAUUCCAUGAAGGAGAACCUCCUGAUGAAGAAAGAGCUGGAGGAGGAGCGUUCCCGGUACCAGAACCUGGUGAAGGAAUAUUCCCGGUUGGAGCAGAGAUACGACAAUCUUCGGGAUGAGGUGACCAUCCUAAAGCAAACCCCAGGUCACAGGCGGAACCCAUCAAACCAAAGUAGCUUAGAAUCAGACUCGAAUUACCCCUCCAUCUCCACAUCUGAGAUUGGAGACACCGAGGAUGCCCUCCAACAGGUGGAGGACAUUGGCGUGGAGAAGGCAGCCAUGGACAUGACAGUGUUCCUGAAGCUGCAGAAGAGAGUGCGGGAGCUUGAGCAGGAGAGGAAGAAGCUGCAGAUGCAGCUGGAGAAGAGAGAGCAGGACAGCAAGAAAGUCCAGAUGGAACAACCAAGGAAUGAUACAGAUUUGGACCAGGAUGCAGAUCUGGCCUACAAUAGUCUGAAGAGGCAGGAGCUGGAGUCGGAGAACAAGAAGCUGAAGAAUGACCUGAAUGAGCUGAGGAAAGCCGUAGCCGACCAAGCCACCCAGAACACCUCCUCUCACAGCGCCCCUGACAGUUACAGCCUCCUGCUAAACCAGCUCAAGCUGGCCAAUGAGGAGCUAGAGGUUCGAAAGGAGGAGGUGCUCAUCCUCAGGACCCAGAUUGUGAGCGCUGACCAGCGCCGACUUGCUGGCAAGAGCAUGGAGCCGAACAUCAAUGCCAGAGCAAGUUGGCCUAACAGUGAAAAGCACGUGGACCAGGAAGAUGCCAUCGAGGCCUACCAUGGGGUCUGCCAGACCAACAGCCAGACUGAGGAUUGGGGAUACUUGAAUGAAGAUGGAGAACUCGGCUUGGCCUACCAAGGCCUAAAACAAGUUGCCAGGUUGCUGGAGGCACAACUGCAGGCCCAGAGCCUGGAGCACGAGGAGCAGGUGGAGAACCUUAAGGCCCAGGUGGAAGCCCUGAAGGAGGAGAUGGACAAACAGCAGCAGACCUUCUGCCAGACUCUGCUGCUGUCCCCAGAGGCCCAGGUGGAAUUUGGGGUCCAGCAGGAAAUAUCCCGGCUAACCAAUGAGAAUCUGGACCUUAAAGAACUGGUAGAAAAGCUGGAAAAGAAUGAGAGGAAGCUCAAAAAGCAACUGAAGAUUUACAUGAAGAAAGUCCAGGACCUAGAAGCUGCCCAGGCAUUGGCACAGAGUGACAGGCGGCACCAUGAGCUCACCAGGCAGGUCACGGUCCAGAGGAAGGAGAAGGACUUCCAGGGCAUGCUGGAGUACCACAAGGAAGACGAGGCCCUCCUCAUCCGGAACCUGGUAACAGACCUGAAGCCCCAGAUGCUGUCGGGCACAGUGCCCUGCCUCCCCGCGUACAUCCUCUACAUGUGCGUCAGAUAUGCAGACAACACCAACGACGACCUCAAGGUGCACUCCUUGCUCACCUCCACCAUCAACGGCAUUAAGAAAGUCCUGAAGAAGCACAACGACGACUUUGAGAUGACAUCAUUCUGGUUAUCCAACACCUGUCGCCUCCUUCAUUGUUUGAAGCAGUACAGUGGGGAUGAGGGCUUCAUGACCCAGAACACUGCAAAGCAGAAUGAGCAUUGUCUUAAGAACUUUGACCUCACUGAAUACCGUCAGGUGCUGAGCGACCUUUCCAUUCAGAUCUACCAGCAGCUCAUUAAAAUCGCCGAGGGCUUGUUGCAGCCAAUGAUAGUUUCUGCCAUGUUAGAAAAUGAGAGCAUUCAGGGUCUGUCUGGUGUGAAGCCAAUGGGCUACCGGAAGCGCUCCUCCAGCAUGGCGGACGGGGAUAACUCCUACUGCCUGGAAGCCAUCAUCCGCCAGAUGAAUUGCUUUCACACAGUCAUGUGCGACCAAGGCCUGGACCCUGAGAUCAUCCUGCAGGUGUUCAAGCAGCUCUUCUACAUGAUCACUGCGGUGACUCUUAACAACCUGCUCCUGCGGAAGGACGUCUGCUCGUGGAGCACAGGCAUGCAACUCAGGUACAAUAUAAGUCAACUGGAAGAGUGGCUUCGGGGAAGGAACCUUCACCAGAGUGGAGCAGCCCAGACCAUGGAACCUCUGAUCCAGGCAGCCCAGCUCCUGCAGUUAAAGAAGAAAACCCGUGAGGAUGCCGAAGCCAUCUGUUCUCUGUGUACCUCCCUCAGCACCCAGCAGAUUGUCAAAAUUUUAAACCUUUAUACACCCCUGAAUGAAUUUGAAGAGCGGGUAACAGUGUCCUUUAUACGAACAAUCCAAGCACAACUCCAAGAUCGGAAUGACCCUCAGCAACUGUUGCUAGACUCCAAACACAUGUUUCCUGUUCUGUUUCCAUUUAAUCCAUCUUCCCUGACCAUGGACUCAAUCCACAUUCCUGCGUGUCUCAGCCUGGAGUUCCUCAAUGAAGUCUGAAGAUGUGUGUUUCCCCAAUCAGCUUGAUACCCAGUGAGAGCAAGAAGAAAGCAUGUGCAGUAAAAUGACCUUGAGGAUCUAUGAAUCUGGUAAAAAUGGAUCAAAUUGGAGAUGAAGAGCCUGUGGAGAGUGUUGAACUAAACAGAAUAAGACACAUCUCAUUAUUUUUGGUACCUACUGCUCAGAAUAAAAACACUUGAAAUAUGGAAGAUAUUUUUAAAGGUUUGAUUUCAGUUUUUUAAAAAAAUCAUCCUCUACAGCUACCAAGCCAUCCCUUUGGCGAUCUAAAAGGUGCCAGUUCUAUAAAGUGGAAGCUGCCCAGUUCUGACCUUUGCUCAUAACUGGAGAAUGUCCAAAUUGAGAUAACAUUAAAAAUAUGUAACAAAUUGCCUGCAGAGGACUUAACCUUAUUUGUAAUCAUGAAAAUGGAAUUGACUGACAUUUCCUCAGGUUGACAAACCAUAGGUGUGGGUGAGCUUUGUGGUGAAAUGUUUUAAAAAUAAAAAUAAUGAACCUGGUCCUCUGAGAAGCUGUGAAUCAGACAAUGGUGUAAUUGACCUGCAGACCAAGCAUUUUGCAUAUUAGUUUCUGAAGCAAAACUGAGACACCCAGUCUCUGAUAUGCUUAGGGCUUUUGGGUAGUCCUGGGUUUUUGAAGAGUUAGGGUAAAAAUGCUGCUGUCCCAGAUGUCAAAUGUGAGAAAGAUAGAAAAAUACUGUUUGAGACGCUAGUCUGCACUAAGUCCAACAAAACUUCCACAAAAAAAAUGUAUAUAAGCUAUUAGAAUAACAAAUCUUGCUUUAUUAACAAAUGUAAAAACUCAGUGUGAAAAAUUUUAAUCCCAUAAUGCCAUUAAACCUCCAAUAAGAGCAUCACAUAAAAUACUACUUAUCCCAGACACCCAAGAGAGGAAGGAAAACAGACUUCAGUUUGAGAAUCUAAUUGAGAAAACUAAAAAAAAAAAAAACACAUGAUCAUUAAGUUAUUAUCCAAAGCCUUGUGGGUUUUUUGGGUUUUUUUGUGGGGGGGGGAUAUUUGGGUUGUUUUGGUUUUUGAGAGAGAACAUGGCUUAGGCCAACUUCUCCUUUUAAAGCUUAUUUUCAAUGUUUUUCAUAUUUGCCACAUAAAAAAAUCAUUGUAAAUAUCUCUGCCAUGAAAUAAAUAUUUAGCAAGAGUACUCAGUAAUAUCAUAUAAUAGAUUUAAUGUCUGCUGUUAGAUUUUUUUUUUUUUUUGACAGUUUUGUGUUCUGGACUCUUCAAAAGCAUUUAAUAGAAAAUCCUACAUAUUCUCUCUACCCAUAUUUUUACUAUCUUUUCCAUAUUUAUUAUUAAUAGUUCACUGUUCCUACAUCAGGAGCAGAUGGUUUGCAAAUCAUACAAGAACUGUUUCCAUAUUACAUUAUUUCUCUACAUGUUGGAAGUAGAAUACUCUCCACCCCAUCUUGUACUCGGCCACCCAACUUAAAAGACUCUUGGGAGCACAGCACAUCCCAAGCCAAAAAGUCCUCUGUCCUAUGCCCAUAGAGCUCAGUGUCCUGUCUUCCUCCUCACCUGCUGGGGCCAGAACAAGGCAUAGCACCUGGUGAAAGCUGCUGACAGUCGUGUCCAAAGGCACUGUCAUCAGUAUCUUUGCCUCUGUCCAAAUUAAACAUCCUGGUGGCUCUUGGGUAUCUGCAGGGUAUUGUCUUCCCUCCUCCGUUACAGUUUCACAGUCGCUGACAUCCCUGACACCUUUCAAUCCACACACUGACUUUGGAAAAUCAGUCUAAAGCAACUGGGUUUGUGGCUACCUCUGCUUUAAAGUCUUUUGUGAAAUAUAAUUUGCUUUCCAGUGCACUUUAGUUUGAAACUAAGUCUCACAUAGACUGUCCCUAACCUUCAAGAUAACCGAAAAUGCCUUGAUAUUAUCAAGAUGCCAACUUUAACAAGCAGCGACUUCACAAAUAUAAUGGCUUACUGUCCUUAUAAUAUAAAAGAUCAUCCCCUCCAUCUCUCUGGGUUGCUACUGUGCUGUCACUGAUUCAUCACUAGAGGCCAAGGGCUUGCUGAAUAAAAGUGUGGCACUUAGAAUAAAUGGGGAAAAGGGAAGCUUAUGAAUUGCCCUCUUCUUAGCCUUUUCCAAAAGACAAGGGCAUUCCAUUGGAACUCUAAUUUACAGAUGACUAACACAGUAAUUGGUUGCAUAAUGUUUACAUCUGCCCAAUUUAACCUCAUACUUGGAGGCUGAAAUAGGCAACGUUUAACCUUUUGUUGACUUUUUAUCCUCUGCAAUUUUUAAAGUCAGUACACCUCACUUCCCAAUUUCAUGAAAUCAGUAAUGAUUUAAGUAAUUCAACAUGAAGGUUUGAAUUCACUAAAAAUCUUUGCUUUCCAAUGUUUAAAAUUUGACAACUUUUUUCUGUGCCUUUACUGAGACAACUGAUUUACCAAUUGUUUCUCUGAAAUAAGUGUUGUGGAAUUUCAAAGUUCAGUGUAACAUCAUAGUGGACUUUUGUCUUUUGAAACAAGCAUUUUAAAGGUUACUGAAGAAUCAAAUAUUUAUAGCAAGCAACUUUUAAGUAUUACAUGGGACCUGUUUACCUAUAAUAAUGGGUGUAUUUACACCUGAACUGUUGCUGAAGCUGACAAGCACAUUUCUAUGUGCAUUCCCCUUGUGCCAAUUAGCUGUGUUCGGACUGAUGGUCCUUUAGGCUCACCUGGGAAGCAGAUUAGACCCAAAGGUAGAUUUUCCCCUGCCCGCUUUCCAUGGAGCAUGCCAUAGGAGUUUCUUCCCUUUAUUUUUUUCCUAGUACUAAAUUUUAAGGAUUUUGUUAAAAAGCCAGGAACUUGGAAAAUUUAGAACAAAAUUCUACCAUCAAGUCAUCAAUUAUUAGACCCUUAAUGAAGGCACUAAGAUUGUAGUAGCAAAAAACAUUAGAACCCAUUUACUUGUUGUUUUUAGACCCUUUCCCCAGUCCUAAGGCAGGGACAGUAUAUCCUAUAUUGAAGCAUUAGUAUAAUGCCUAUGUGACUGGUUCCUGAAAUGUGACUACAUGGGGCAGGACCCUGCCAUUUCUCCUCACAGAAUAUUUGCAGUCAGUUUCUAAAAUUAAUUUGCUGCAUGAGUCAACUCUAAUUUUUGUACACAUUGGUGCCAUAAUUAGAACAUUAGGGAGUGUAGAAAAUUAGAGGUGAAUGCCACUAACUAAUACAGGACUGGGUUUUUCUUAUAAAGGUAAUUAGAUAUUGUUUUUCCCUGAAAAAAUUUCUAAUUCUAUUAAAGGAAUCAUAAAAUUAAGCUACUUUUUAAAGUGACACUAACAGAAUAAUCCAGACUUGGAUUUAACAUUUUGCCAUCAACUGUUAGAUGAAAGACUUCCUCUCUGAAGGAGUCCACACCAUAUCCAGGGGUAAAUCUAACGUUACAGAAAUGCUACUGAUAAAAAUAUUUUUCCAUUUUGGACAAAUCUGUAAAUUACACCUUUGUUUAUAGAAAAAAAUGCUUGUAAUAGUCACUGUUAAUAUUCAGCUGUGCAUAAAAAUUUGUGGAAAUACUUUUGAAUAAAAGUGCCAAAUCUAAACAAAAUUUAAAACUUCAGCUACACGUUGGCUAAAAGUUUGUUUUUAAUGUUAAACUUCAUUCUGGGGCUUAUCCUCAAAUGUAUCAGGAUUGUUUAAACCAGGGGUUGGCACACUGUAGUCCAAAGGUCUGGGGUGUUGGAGAAUUCCUUUUAAGAUAAGGUUUACUGAGAAAUAACCUUGAAACUAUAGAAUUUAAGGCAGUUGGGUGUGGGAAGACUCAGCAGAUCAAUGAAACAGAGCCUGGAGAUAAAACCAAUUGUAUAUGUAACACAGCAUAUGGUAGAGAUGGCAUUAAAAAUCAAUGGGAAAAUGUUUACAGAACCUGUAUGGAAGAAUUUGAGUG